AAGGGUCUGAGGAAAAUGCCAGCAUGCAUUCUGUAUGUGAAUGCAGAAAUCAGUGAGGCUGCUGGAGCAGAGAGGCAGAGCCCCCCUCUCUCCUGGGACCUCUUUCCUCCCCAGCCUUUGCAUUUUCCCUUCAAGAACUCUCAUGAAGGGGCUGCUGGCCUCCUCCAGAGAUGCCCAUCCCCGCCCUGAAGCUGCACAGAUCUUCCAGGCACUAGGAAGGAGGGUACCUGGGGGCUGCAGAAACCCACCAGCCAAAAUGUGCUGGUGCUAACACAUCCAUGUGUAUUCAAGUGGUACCAAUAAAAACAGGAUAGGGGUGUAGCAUAGUGUGCAGGUUUCCGUGUAGAUAACAACACCUGGGAAGACCAGGCUUUCAGUGCCGAUUUGAAAGCAAACCUUUAAGAUUACAACUUUGCUGACAACACAGCGGAGGUCAGUCAGCAGCUCCCGUUCAGCGGUUUAGCAAUGGGGCAGCAUAUGUGUUCCCUCUAUGCCCCUCUGAGCAAUUUUUCCCCUUUCAAAGAGUCUCAUUUUCCAUUCUUGGAAGGAACAGGGACUCCCCCGCCCCACCUCCCACUGAGGGAAUAGCUUCCUUUUAGGCAACCUAGUUGCAGGGUCCUCGACAAAGAUAGUGGGACUGCUGCCCCCUUAAUAGCCUGAACAGUGUGGGGGUGGAAGGGAAUCCCUUCUGGUUCCCAGGCUGUGGAGUCAGGGAGCACAAGGCAGCCAUGUGCUGCAUGCCCCGCCCAGGCCAUGUGCUGGCGUGCCAGUAAGCCCAGAACUGGGAGUUCUGCCAAGGCCUCCACCAAAGGGAGUGGCCACCAAGCAGCUGGAAAUGGAGCCCGCCAGCAAGUCCUCGCUCUGAGACAAGCGGAGGAAGAGAGGCUGGUUUGAUAGAGGUUGGCACAGCCGCUGCUUCCCCGGGAAACCCACCUCGCCCUCCCAUCUCCCUGGAGCUGCUGUCUCCUCCAGCCACUGGCUGGAUCCUGAACAGCAUUCCCCUUUACUGUCAGAGGGCACCCAGCACAGAUGCCCAGCAAGGGGUUCUGCCCUGCAGAGAACUCUGCGCACGGGCCUUGGUCUGUUCACUGCCACCACAAGUCCUCUUGCUGCCUGCAGGGAAGACCUUCUUUUGGGGAGCAGCACUGGUGGAAAAGGGAGGGGGGCGCUCUCUUCCUAUAGGGAGAAGCGGGAGGGCGCGCACAGGGAAUGGCCGCCAGGGGUCCCCCUCACGCGGUUAGAGAGCCGCUACUUGGCUCACCUCCGGCCUUGCCAAGUAGCAACAACAACAUGUUUGGGUGGCUUCUUACAUAACUGCCAACCACGACCUAGUUCCGCGCUGCGCUUGGCCAAUACUUUACAUUUCUGACUCGGCCUCCGUUUUUGCAACGCCUUCACUAGUAGCCAAGGCAGGUUAAAGGGGGGCAGUGCAAGAGUUUGGCAAGGGUUUGGCAAGAGGUCGAACGUGGGAAUCCGGGGGAUGAGGAGGUGGCAAGUUGCCCUGUGGAUAAGCGGGUCUUCACUUUGCCGGAGAAGAUGAAAGCGGCGUUGUCCCGCAUGUCUCCUGCAGCCCCGGAACUUGCCCCCGAGUCCCCAGCGGGAGGAGGGAUCGGAUGAAGCUCUCCUGCGCCCCCGACCUGAAAAGGAAGCUAUCCACUUUCACGGCCGGCGUCCUGGACAAAGGACCAGCGGGUCCCGGUCUGGAGCCGCAGAAAUGGAAAAAGUGAAGCGCUGCUUCAGCCUACGUCGCGGGGAGCCCAGUGCCAGCAGGGUCUUCAACCUGGUGCCCUUUAGAUGCUUUGGCCUUACUUCCACAAUUUGCAGCCACCCCCGCUGCGCCUUCGGCCCCGGGACUGCAGCUCCUUCGCGGCUGAUGCAGCUGGAAAUUGCUGAGCGUCUCGCCUGAGGCUCGCAAACGCAGGGCGCGGCUCGACCGGCUGGAUUACGCCGAACCUUCCGGGCGCAGCUGCGCGAGGUCCCGGGAGGAGGGGCGUGGCCUUAUUUGCAUAGCACGCUGAGACCAUGUGACGUCUCGAGAGCCUCACUUUAUAAGGCGGGCGUGAGCCGAAAUAGCCGCAGCCCUUUCUCGUAGUGGUGUUGUGUUUCUUCUUCUUUCGGGCUCUCUGUGUGCUCGGCCCAGCAAUGAGUACAGGCGUCUACCCGCUGCCAAUGGAGGUGGCUGUCUACCAGCUGCACAACUUCUCCAUCUCUUUCUUCUCCUCCUUACUGGGGGGAGACGUGGUCUCGGUCAAACUAGACAACAGUGCGUCCGGGGCCAGCGUGGUCGCCAUCGACAACAAGAUCGAGCAGGCCAUGGAUUUGGUCAAGAAUCACCUGAUGUAUGCGGUGCGGGAGGAGGUGGAGGUACUCAAGGAGCAGAUCAAGGAGCUGGCCGAGAAGAACUCCCGCCUGGAACGGGAGAACAGCUUGCUGAAGAACCUGGCCAGCCCUGAGCAGCUGCAGAAGUUCCGCUCCCACUUGCCCCUGGAGGGUCCAGUGGCCCCUGAGAAGAAGAGCCAAGGGUCAGCUGCCCCAGCCCAACACAGGGUGGGCUCUGCGGUGUAAGGUGGCUCUGUCCAUGGGGUGGGCAGAGCCACAGAACUGUUUCAACUUGAUCUCCAAGCAAACGUGGUUUCCUUGCAUCUCCUUUGGAGGACUCCAGAGGGGGCCUGAUGGGGCCCUUCACCUACGGCCCCUUCCUUGGGUUGGCCAGAGACUCUCCUGAGAAAAAGGAGCAAGGCUGCAUUGGAGUUGCUAUGGGCACAUGGCUGCUCCGCCUGCAGGAGACCCGGGUUUGCCUCCCCAUGAGCACCCCUAGAGAAGAGAGACUGCUAAAGGGGGUGGCAAAGACGUUUAGAAGAAUCCAAUUGGAGGUUUUCUUCAAGUCUCAGAGAAAAGGCAGCCCCCACCUCUCCUGGGAUAGGAACAAAAGCAGCUGGUGGGCUGGCAAGGAUUCCCCCUUGUACUUCAUUAGCCCUUCCAUGCCAAGAUCCAGACAUCUGUGUACAGCACCCACAAGUGGACAAGUGGGGUGCUGCCAAGAUGCAGACUAGAAUGAGGACUGUAAGCCAGAGGGGAGAGGCUUCUCCUGCUGUGGUUUGUCCACUGACUUGUAUACUGACAACAGCCUCCCCUGUGGGGGGGACUUUAUCGAUGUUCCCUGCAGCCCCUGGAUCUGUUGAUGAGGACCGAAGAGGAGGUGGCUAAGGGGCUCUCACAUACCCCCUGGGGGGGAAGCUUGCUUAUGUAGUGCACUCUGAGGAUGGGUGCAUAGUGAGAUAAUGCAAUAAAUUUUGUUGUACA